AUGGCCACCGUGAAGAAUUCUGUGUCCGAGGACCCCCUCCUAGGCAAAGGGCCUGACGAAGAUGCCUCAGAGGUGUCUUUGUCAGAAAGUGAGUUGGAUUCUGGGAGUGUCCUCUCAGAUGACUCAGUGCUUCCAGACUACCAGCAGGAAGGUGGUUCACGGGGCACCGCCAACACGCUGUAUGAGGCGUGUGCUCGGAACAACACCCUUGCACUCCGGAAGAUUCUGGAGAGAGGGGUUACCAAAGAGGAGGUCAUGAAGGUGGACCACAAUGGUUGGACCGGUCUGAUGGUGGCGUGCUAUAAGGGUUUUUUGGAAAUUGUGCAACAUCUUCACCACUGUCCCUACCUGGACAUAAAUCACCAGGACAACGAUGGCAACACUGCACUGAUGAUCGCUUCACAAGCAGGUCACACCAUUACAGUGACCUACAUCCUCAACUACUACCCCGGAGCAGACACAGAGAUCCGGGACUGCCGUGGCUUCACUGCACUCAUCAAAGCUGCCAUGCAGGGCCGAGAUGAUGUGGUGUCUUCCCUCAUCAUGGCCGGUGCAGACCUAAAUGCUGUAGACUCUACGAAGCAGAAGUGUGCGCGGGACUGGGCACUAAAGACGGGCCGCUACGAGACGUUGAACCGCCUCCGCCGCCUCAACCUACGGCCUAGAGCUGAGCAGUUCGCUGAGAGCUAUGUCCCCGAAUGGCCAGAGCUGAAGGUGCUGGUGGCCAAGGCAAUGGCCAACAAGAGCGCCAGCCAGAAGAUCACCCAGCGCAUCAAGUCCACCUUCGGCUUCAACUUUCCCCGAGAUCCCCAGGAAAACGGGGUCUUGGACCACAUGGUGCGUAUCACCACCAGCAUCCACAGCCCUCUAGUGGCCACCGGCUGCCGGCCCCUCUGCCCCACCAGCCCCCCUGAAGUGGGGAAGAGGCGCCUGGCCGUGCCAGAGCUGGCGAAGAAGCAUUCAGAGAAGGAGCUGGGGGAGAGCUCUGUGUGCCACAGCAAUGGCUCCGUAUCCUCCAUCAUUCCCCACAUCCACUCAGCCGAGACCAUCGCCACGUCUUGCUGCGUGGACACAGAGCGCAGGGGCAGCAUAAUCUCUAUAGCCUCCACCGGGGUGCGCACCUUCAUCCCCAGGCACAUGGCCCACAGGAACAGUGUGUUCCCCUCUGGCUGCAUCCCAAAGAUCCAGAUAGUCAAGUCUGGAGAGCCCACGCCUAAGAAGGAGAAGAAGAAGAAGAGGCACAAGGGUCAUCUGGAGCCGCCCAUAUGGAAGUACAAGGCAGAGAAGCAGGAGAAGAAGAAGGCAGAGAAAGAAAAAGGGAAAACCAAGAAGGAAAAGAAACAGAAGAAACAGAAGAAGUGA